AUGAAUAUCAGAAUGGGGUUCAUAUGGAGCACUGAGAUAACAGAUCAGAUUGGAAUGUCUGUGAAUAACGACCUUAACCUACACCAGAUAGACCCGGAGACUGGGAAGAGGCGUGUUAGUAUAUUGAUGUGUGUGCGACGAAUCCGCCAGAUGGAGCCCCGAUACAGUCUUGCUUGGAUGCACUUGCAUAUGCGCGCGAAAUGGCGGGAACCUAAGCUUGACGGAACCAAAGGCCAGGAAGUGAAAGGGCUAGACAAAAUGUGGAACCCCCAGAUUCAACCGGAAAACGCCUGCACGGAAAUGAAGGGUAGCUUUGCCUAUCAUCAUGUGGAAUAUGACGUAGCAGGUCGAGCAUUUGUUGUAGAGCUACGGGUGAUGCGCGGGCCUCUGGUGUCUCAUUUUGAUCUAAGACAUUUCCCGUUUGACUAUCAGAGAAUACACAUUAUUUUAAAAUCAGAGAAAAGUUCUGAUGAUCUUGAGCUAGUAGCUCCUCCAGAUGAACCUAGUGUUAUUGCUCAACCCGUUUUUGAAACACUGUUGGAUUGGCAUGUCACGAAAUACUUGGACGUGGAUAUGAAAGAAAUGAGAGAUGAAAUGACUCAGAUUCGGCACCCAGCGUUCCAUGGGGAAAUAUACGUUGUGCGAAAGAUGAGCUACUAUAUCUGGAAUUACUUUUUGAUCAUGUUCCUCAUAACAUGCUUCAUCCCACUAACAUUUCUUGUUGAGCUUCUGGGCUCCAUUCACGUUAGAUUGACGUUGGCUUUCACGUUGACGUUGACGGGUCUCAGCAUGAAGUUUGUGAUAUCAAACUCAAUACCUCGGGUUCCAUAUUUGACGCUAAUUGACAGGUAUGUAUUAUUGAUUCUUAUUAGUAACUGGGGUGCGACAACUUGGCAUGCGGGGACUUACCUGAUAGCUGAUGAACAAACACGGCACACAGUGGACCUGGCGAUGACAAUUUUCUGUUUCAGCGCAUUCGUUGUGGUCCAUCUACUUUACUACUCUUGGCUUUACGUUACCUUCACAUCACACAUGGACACUUUAAAAAAGCUAAACGAUAAGCACGAGGUACAUGAUCGAAACAAAAAUGGUGACAACAUAAAUAAACAAAUUGAUGCAGUUUCAGCUAGAUUUGACUCAAAGGAAGAGACAGUUGAAAUAAAGACAAAACUUUGAUGUCUGACAUGAGGUUAUUUUUAAUGUCAUUAUUGACCUUGCCAAAUUAACACUGUACAAUAAGCAAAAUAAAUAUGUUUUAUAAUGAUAUUGUGCAGCUGUGAAGUGUGAACUGGCCUUUACAUAAAAGAUAUCAGUUCUGUAACCUAAAAUUUACUCUUCCGAGCUGAUGUUCAGUUACCUGAAAUAGACAUUGUUGAAAACUAAAACAGUCAAUCUUCAGAGUGGUCUAAAACAUCCACAUUUUUUUUGAUUUGACUGGAACUAUUAAGCCAUAAAUUUCAUCAACAUAAACAAUAAACGUCGUGAACGUAGGAUUGAAUGAUGCAAUUGGUUCAAAAAUGUCAAAUUGAUAAAAAUUCAAGAUUCUGCAAUUCUGUGCCUACAUUCCUCAUGCGGAAUUCUAAAUAUGGUGCACAAUGUAUUACAGGAUUUAAGAUGCAGAAAUGCUCAAAUUCGUUGGAAUUGUCAGUUAAUCUAAAAGUCAAUGGAUAAUACUGAGUACUAGUAGUGUUGGAUGGACAUGAAGCACAGCUAGCAUGGCUACAUGUAUUUAGAGCAGUAUAUAACUUCAUUCUGAGCUUUUGAAUGUAGAGUUUCAUAUAUUUUAUCUGAAUAAAAACAUAUUUAUGGUAGAA